AUGCACCCAAAAAUUGUUGGUGGAACCUUCAAGAAGAAACGAAGCGUUAACAUGACAACAGAUAAGAUUAGUGAAUUGCCUGAUGCUUUGCUGCUUCAUAUAUUGUCCUUAAUUCCGACAAUAGAUGUCGUAGGGACAUGUGUUUUAUCGAAACGGUGGAGAUCUCUUUGGAAAUAUGUGCCUAGACUUGACUAUGAUUACCGGAAUGAUAGAAGACUGUCGCACCAAUUUGUUCACAGGUUCUUGAUAUUACAUAAGUCGCAGCAAUUUGUUCACGGGCUUCUAGAGAGUAUGCGACUUAUAGUUGCGUCGGAUUGUGAGGCUUUCGAUAUCGAAAUUUGGAUCGGGUAUGGGGUUGAACAUGGUUUGCGUGAGCUAGAACUCGAUUAUUUCUCGGAGAAAGAAAAUAUCCGAUUGCCUAGUAACAUCUACGCUUGUAAAACACUCGAGGUCUUGAAACUUAAGAACUGUGUUCGCGUAGAUGUUCCUGAUUCACAAGUUUGUUUCAAGUCCCUUAAGAUCCUAAACCUUCAACUUGUGUACUUCAAGGACGAUGAUUCAGUUCGUAAGCUUUUCUCAAGUUGUCCUAAACUUGAAGAAUUGGUUGUUAAACGAUAUAUGGACGAUGUCAUAAACUUCACUAUUGAAGUACCAUCUCUAAAGAGCUUAUCAAUACAUGAUUGUAGCGAUGGAGAUGGUCGAAGAGGGUAUGUGAUAAAUACUCCUUUGAACCACUUGUCCAUUAAAGGACUCAAAGAUUUUGAGUUUUCACUUGAGAAUAUGCCGGAGCUAAGAGAGGCAAAGAUUAUUGAUAUUUUUGAUAUAAAUACUCAUAAGCUUCUCCUACCUCUCGCCUCAUCAGUCAAGCGUCUCUCCUUGUCUCUAUCGCCUUUAGAGACUAGGUACGCUGAUAGUAUUGUCUUUCAUCAGCUUGUAUAUUUGGAGCUAAGUACUAGUAAAACCGAGUGGUGCAAUCUACUAGUGAUUUUGCUAUCUAAUUCUCCUAAUUUAAAAGUUCUCAAGCUCAUGAGAGAUGAGUCAGGGAAAGAUAAUAAGGAGCGCGUGCCUAACCCACAAUUUUGUAGACCGAUUAAAGUUCCUCCUUGUUUGUUAUUGUACCUACAAAGAUUCGAGUGGGAAAGAUACAAUGGAAUACGUGAAGAAGAGAGACAAGUUGCGAAGUACAUACUAAGAAAUGCGAAACAUUUGAAGGAAGCAAAUUUCUCGACGAAAAACUCUAAUUCGAAUGAGAAAUUUGAGAUGUUAAAGGAGUUAGUUCGUAAGCCUAAGGCUUCACCUUCGUGUCAUUUUUUAUUUGAGUGA